AUGGCAUCGAAUGGUACGCACAACGACUUCAUCAACAUCACCACGCCACACUCGCGCGCGCCCAGCAUGGUUCAGGAAACGCCAGCCUCCGCGCCGCGGCCGCGCUUGCCAGUCAGGAAACAAGCGCCCCAGAGGAACAUUGACGAGUUCUGGAACAAGUUUACGACCAAACACCCUGGCAAGAUCUUUACGAUCUUACCCGACAACCUGUACGCGAAACGCGCCGCCGCACAUGCGCCGAAAGGAUCCAUACCCGGCGUCAAUGCGCUUGCGUCAUACGAGGAAGCCAAAGAAGCCUGCACCAGAAAGGUCGCAAAGAUCGUUAAGGAAUGCCGACGAUUGAAUCAAAAGUACAGAGAUCCACAUUUCGACAUCGAAGCAGACUUCAAACGAUCGCAAGCCUUUCCGGAUACACCAGCAGACUGUCUGACUGGGCUGAAUGAAGAAAAGACCGAUUUCCAUCCUCUAUCGGUCAAGAGAGUUGAGGACAUCUUCGACGACCCACGAUUCUACAUUGGCGGCGCUACAGCGAACGAUGUACGACAGGGAAACGACGGCGACUGCUGGUUUAUGUCAGCACUAGCGACGAUCUCGAAUAAGGAAGAGUUAAUACAACGGGUGUGCGUUGCCCGUGACGAGAAGGUUGGCGUUUACGGCUUCGUCUUCCACAGAGAUGGCGAAUGGAUUUCAGAGGUUAUCGACGACAAGCUUUACCUCAUCAAAGAAGAUUUCGACGAAGCCAAGCUCGAGCGCUAUCACUGGCUGGAGCUUCAGAACCGCAAGAGUCCAGAAGACGAAUACCGCACUGUGAUGCAAACUGGCUCGCGAGCGCUGUACUUUGCACAAUGUAGUGACCCCAACGAGACGUGGCUACCAUUGCUCGAAAAGGCCUUUGCCAAAGCACAUGGCGAUUACAGUGCCAUCGACGGAGGCUUUGUUGGGGAGGGUAUCGAGGACCUCACCGGAGGUGUCACGUCAGAGGUCUUUGCGACCGAUAUCCUGGACAAGGACAAGUUCUGGCGUGAAGAGCUUAUGAACGUCAACAAAACGUUCCUCUUCGGAUGUGGCCAGAUGGGUGGUAUCUACGGUGCGCGCAAGGGCAUUCAGGAGAAGCACGCAUACUCUGUCAUGGAGGCACGCGAGAUCGAUGGGCAGCGACUACUGAAGCUUCGAAACCCCUGGGGCCGAACCGAGUGGACUGGUCGCUGGAGCGAUGGUUCAGAAGAAUGGACUCCGGAAUGGAUGAAGAAGCUUGAUCAUAAGUUCGGUGACGAUGGUGUCUUCUGGAUCUCCUACAAAGACCUGUUGCGCACAUAUCAACACUUUGAUCGCACUAGGCUCUUUGGCCCGGAAUGGACGGUGUCUCAACAAUGGACCAGUGUCAACGUUCCUUGGAGCGUCGAUUACCUUGACACCAAGUUCAGGAUACACCUCGCUAAAGGUGGCCCCGUCGUCAUUGUCCUCAGUCAGCUUGAUGAUCGCUACUACCAAGGCCUCGAAGGGCAGUAUGAGUUCAACCUACAAUUUCGUCUCCACAAGGAUGAUGAAGAAGAAUACAUCGUUCGCAGCAACGGUACAUAUUACAUGAAGCGCUCUGUCUCCACAGAGCUGGACCUCGAGGCUGGCAACUACACUGUCCUGCUUAAGAUCAAAGCAACCCGGAUCCCAGAUAACCCAACUCCGGAUGAAGUCAUCCGGGCCACAUGCACCAAGCGGCGCGAGAAGCUCCUUGCGAUCGGUCUUUCCUACGACCUUGCUCAUGCCAAAGGGCAGUUCAGAGAGCAGGAAAAGGACAAGGCACAGCGUGAGAAAGAGCAAAAGGCCGAGCGGAAGAAGGCUGAGCUCAGGCUGGCACAUGAACGUCGUAAGAGGCUGCGCCGAAAGGCUGAGCUGCGCGAACAGAAGAAAGCUGCCAAAGAGACGCGCAAGCUAAACCGAUCCGGUGAGAUGGCAGAAGUCGAGAGAAAGUUACACGACCUAUCUGGUCUUGGAAUCAACGUUGACGAAGACAACCGUACUUCUGGCGACGAAGAGGUCAAGCCUGUUCACCAAGCUGUUUCCAGGCAUCGCCGCACAUCGAGCCUUGAUCCACAUCGUGAACGCUCGGCAAGCCCUGGUGGCGGUUUUGGUGGUCGAGGAGGCUACAACAACAAAGGCCGAGACGGCUAUAACGCAUCGCUUCCCGGGACAUUCCAAGGACGUGGCGGCUACAAUCGUGACAGUAUCGGGGCCGCAACCUCUGAGGCUACUAUACUCCAAGCGCGAAGCGGCUAUCAUAGCUCACAAGCCUCUCCUGCUGCCCACAGCCAAGGGUUUCAAGGACGUGGUGGUUACAACCAGAACAUGCCCGGUGAGUUCCAAGGACGCGGAGGCUAUAAUCAAAACAUGCCUGGAGACUUCCAGGGCAGGGGAGGCUACAAUCAGUUGCCUGGUGAAUUCCAGGGCCGUGGUGGUUACAAUAACGAAUUGCCUGGCACCUACCAAGGCCGCGAUGGGUAUAACGAAGGCCAGGUGACAGAUUCACCAAUACCUACGCCGUUACCGACACCACUUGCGACUCCGAUGACCGACGAGUUCCGUCCCGGCACCCCCGGCCAGAGGACAUUCAGCCCUCGUCCCGAGCGUCGAUCACCAGCUGCCUCGCGCCGGGCUACGCUUACUCCCAUCCCUGGUGUCCGACCUGGUAUUCAGGUAACUCGUGGGCGAAGUGCUAGUGAUUACUCGCACCGUGCUCAAAACGGAAUGCACUCACCUGAGGACAUGUCAGACUCCUCCUGGGAUUCUGAAAUUGAUGGCCCUUGUUCUCUCGAUUCUGAUCUUUCUGAUGACGAAGACAACAUCCCCCGCAUAUUCUCAGAACGCCAACCUCGCUACGUAUGGUACAAUGGCGCACGCUACCCAUACAUCGAGGACGAAGAUGAAUUCGAGCGCGAUCCUUGGAACGCCGUGUGUGUCGUGGGGCUUCGUGUCUUCAGCAAGGACAAUACAGAUGUCACGAUCGAGGUGCACAACGGCGAGGGAGAGUCUAGAAAGAAAUCUGAUGGAGACGAUGCAAGUGUGACGACCAUGGGCACGGUCAGACGUAAAGAAAAGGAGCUUGAUGUUGACGACAGUGCCGCAGAUGCCACUAGUCCGAUGCGGAAAAGGAAUACUGGCCUUGAAGAUGAGCUCAGUGCACGAUUGAAUCGGGACGAGGAGGCUGAGCUUGUGAGCCAUGUUGGCACUGCGCCAGCGGGCAUGGAGAGGAGUCGUCAAGGGACGCUGAGUUGA